AUGGAGCGCGGCCGGGCGCUGCCGCCGCCGCGGAGCGGGCCCGGGAUCCUGCUGCUGCUGCUGCCGGCGCUGGCGGGGGGACGGCCGCGCUCCCCGGCAGGGCAGCCGCUGGCGGCCGGCGAUGCGGCCUACGAGGAAUGGCGUGCGACGGGCGUGCGAGGCCGGGCCGUGGAGCUGAGCUGUGGGCCAGUGGCCGCCGCCCCGCCGGCCGUGGUCUUCUGGAGCUUCACGCCGCAGGGAGAGGGGGUCCCACGGGCCGUGGCCGUGGGCUCGGGCAGGGACGUGGCCACGGCCCCCGGCGCGGGGACGCUGGGCCGGGUGACGCUGCGCAACGGGACGCUGGAGCUGCGGGAGCUGCGGGCGGCCGCCCAGGGCCGCUUCCUCUGCCAGGGGCUCUUCCCAGAGCGGGGCCGGCUCCGUGUGGGCUACGCCGCCGUCCUCCUGCGUGUCCUGGUGCCCGUCUCCAAGCCCUUCGUGCGGCCGACGGCGGCGGCGGCAGCGGAGGGGGCAGCGGUGGCCCUGACGUGCACCGUGCGGGAGGGGACGGAGCCGCUGAGCUUCUCCUGGCAGCACCAGGAGCCCCGGGGGGGUCCCUCAGUGACCCCUGUGGGGCCGGGGGGCUCCAGGGCAGAGCUGCAGCUGACACCCGCCAACCGCAGCCACACGGGCUGGUACAUCUGCACCGUGAGCAACGAGGUCAACAACCGCACCAGCGACCCCGUCUACCUGGACAUCGUCUAUGGCCCUGAUGAGCCGGCCAUCCGUGUGGAGCCCUUCUCCCCCGAACAGGGGGGCUUCUCGGCGGGCGAGCGGGAGGACGUGGUGCUGAGCUGCCUGGCUCCCUCCAACCCCCCCAGCCGCUAUGUCUGGCUGCACAACGGUUCCCAGGUGCACCUCGGCCAGACCUACGUCAUCACUGCCAUCGCCCGUGCCCAGGCGGGCACAUACACCUGCCUGGCCGAGAACAGCCACCUGCAGACGCGCACCCAGGCCACCAUCGUCCUCACCGUCUACUAUCCACCAGCCGGGAGCCCCAGCUGCUCUGCCCUGGCCUCCGAGGAUCAGCGGGACGUGGCCCUGCGGUGCCGCUGGCUGGGGGGCUUCCCCCUGGCCCGGCUGCGCUGGGUGGGCCCCCAGGAGGAGGAGGAGGAAGAGGAAGAGGGGUUGAUGGGGACCAGCUUUUCCAUGGCCACCAGGAUCCAGUCAGGGGCAGGCACCAGGAACGGCAGCUCCUUCUCCUGCCUGGCCUCCCACCCCGCGCUGCCACUGGGGGCUGCAUGUGGGACCACCCUGUGGGUCCCGUCCGGCAGCCCCACCUGCGCGGCGGCGGCCACCAAGGGUGACGAGUUCGUGAUGCUGCGGUGCCGCUGGGACGGGGGCACGCCGCUCGUCACCCUGCGCUGGCGGGACAGCGCUGGCCGGGAUUUGGGCGAGCCCGCGGCCUCCCCGGCCGUGCUGGUGCUCAGCACCGACCGCAGCCUCGGGGGCCGCGAGUUCGUCUGCGCGGCCGCGCACCCGCUGCGGGCCGCGGCCGCCGAGUGCCGCCUGCGGCUCGAGGUCCCCGAGCUGCAGGCGGACAGCGAAGUGGCGGUGCUGGAGGGCGGCGAGGCGCAGCUGGCGUGCCGGCGGCGUGGCGGCAGUGCCAGGCUCGGGGCCACGGUGGCGUGGUACGACCCGAUGGAGCGGGAGGUGACACCGGGGCUGGCCAAGUACGGGCUGGAGGAGGGAGAAGAGUGGGUCAACCUCACCGUCCGCGAUGCCGAGUGGCCGGGGGACAGCGGGAUCUACCGCUGCACCGCCACCAAUGCCGUGGGCACCGCCAGCCGCCCGGUCCGCCUCCGCGUGGACCGGUACCCCGCCCCGCCCAACGUCACCAUCAGUAAGCUGCGGUACACGCGGGCGCGCACCGAGGUGCGGCUGGAGUGGCGGACGCAGGGCGCCGGGAACCUCACCGGCUUCGUGGUGCAGCGGCGCCAAACCAAGAAGCCCCUCCGGCUCCGGGAGACCCCCAGCCCCUGGGAAACAGCCGCCGGCGACAUCGAGCCGCACUCCCGGGACCGGCGGCUGGGGGGGCUGGACCCCGCGGUGCUCUAUGCUUUCCGCGUCCUGGCCGUCAACCACCGCACGGCCGGGCACCCCUCCGAGGUGCAGACCCCAGCCGAGCCUCCCUUCGAGGCCUACCCGGCGGUGACGGGGGCGGCGGUGGCGGGGAUGCUGGUGGCCAGCGCAGCAUCCCUCCUGGCCGUGCACUGCAUCGCCCGCCACCGGGAGACCCUGCCAAGGCUGCACGACCUGCUGUUCCGCACGGCCGGGCAUGGUGCCCAGGAGCCCGUGGGCACCGCGGAGGAUGCUGAGGCAGCCACAGGCGGGGAGGGGGCAGCAGGGCCAGCGCAGGGACACCCGUGUGCCCCCGGCACGGCAGCAGGAGGUACCAAAGCAGCACCAGCACAGGGACACCCGUGUGCCCCUGGCAUGGCAGCAGGUACUGGGGCAAACCGAGGGCUGAGCCACCUUCCCCCUGCCCCAGCCCCUCCUGCGGCUCCUCCAGCCCUUGCAGAGCCACUCUCGGCAGCACCAGGCACCACCGAGGACCCACCAGUUAAUGUCACCAUCGCCGUGACAGCCACGCCGUGACCGCUCCGCCUUUCGCUGGUUAUUUCCCUCUCCUCCUCUUCCCAUGCCCACCCGUGCCGUGCUGGGCUGCUCCGAAUGCAGCGCCCCGACAAAGCCCCUCUGGCCCAGCCACAAGCCUGCAGUUACUGCUGGAGUAAAAUAAAUAUUUAGGCUACAA